CCCAAAUCUGUUUUCAUGGAUUUGGGAUUUAGGAUUUUAGGAUUCUGGAUUCUGGAUUCACUUACACCCCUUCCUUCAAAACCAACUCCUUCAAAUCAAAUCUCAAUAAAGAAAUUAGAGUAGUUAACCGAGAUGUCGUCGUCCGAGACUUCGCCACAGCCGCCAACUAUUAACUACAUUGUCGGGUUUCUACUUGUCGGGAUUGCCUGGGGGCUCACUACGCCUUUUAUACGCCGCGCGGCCAAAGACCACAAUCCGCCGGCUCAUCCGCUCCUCGCAAGAGACGACGUCAAAGCUAGCUGGGCCAAGAGCAAAUUCUACGGCGCCUUUUUCGCUGUUGUUGAUCUACUACGGAAUCCCAGAUACGCUGUACCACUUCUGAUUAAUCUGACGGGCAGUGUUUGGUUCUUCUUGCUGAUCGGCCAGGCGGAUACAUGGAUAGGAAUGAUCCUGUCCUUAUGCGGCAUUGCCUUGUGUGUGCAGAGUAAAUCAGGCUGACAAACACGCCUCGUGUCAGCCUGUGUCCUGCAAAUGAAAUGAAUUUUUAUUCUUAUGUCGUCGGUUGUAAUACUUCAAA